AUUUCUGAACAUUUUGAGCUCAGUCUUCCCGUAAGCUUUGUUGGAAACUGGUCAGAACAUUUUACUCGAUUAAUCAAAAUGAAAUCAAAAAAGUUGGAACCGAAAAACGUCGACUUUGAGGAAAUUGAACUCGUCGACCUGGUCUUCUACUGCUUCCUGUUCGGCGGGAUUGUGGGCCAUUGGACGGUCGGGUCGGGGCGCGAGGUAUUAUUCAAACUCGCCGCGAAGGAGGACGUAUCGCGCGACACGUUACUAUUUCUCGCAUGGUCCAUGUUCUUUGUCCUACUUUCUCUCGUUGGAAUAACCAGCACCACGUGGAGGAUUAUUUUGUACGUGAGAAAUCUUAAACAGGCCAAUAUUUCGCUCCGAAGAGAAAUACGAGAAAUUCGAGUUGGUCGUAACGGUAUUUACACUGCCAACGGUAGUGUCAAUCCUGCCGUUCAUUCCGACUGUAUCGUCAUAUUGGAAGAAGUUCUGGUGAAAUUAAAAUCCGCGCAGGAUCGUGUAACAUAGUAAUGUCUCCCCAGCAUUUUGUGAUGAGAGGCACGUGACAUCGCAAGAUUUGAAAUUUCACGUGGAGAUGAAGACAAAUUUGUUUCAGGAGCAGAGUAAGACGCAGUUAAAAACCGAUUUACCAACCGAUUUACCGAUUGACCAGUACAUCGUGUAACACCACCUGCAAGUGUGAAUGUGAAUUUUGAAUAUGCGACACAAUUUGCUCAAAUUUAUGUACUUCGUCGAUUAAAUUUAAAUUUAUUUAGUUUAUUAAAUUUGCU